CCCUCACCCACCCGCCCGCCGCCCAACGAGGAGCCGAGCGCCGGGAGCCGGAGCCUGCGCGGGGCCGCGGGGCCCGGCCGGAGGAAGAAAAACGCGGAGGCUUUUCCAGCCGCCGUCGGAAGCGGUGCCCUGGGCCGUGGCUGUGCCGCGGCACGAGGAGGGCCGUUCCCAGCGGGGUCGCCUGGCUUGGCUCGUCGUCGCUGUCCCCCCGUCCUUCCCGAUGGCAGCGCCUGAUGUGAGCGUUCACAUGGAGGAGGUGGUCGUAGUGACGACGCCCGACAACGCGGUUGAUGGCAGUGGUGUGGAAGAGGUGAAAACUGUGCUUGUGACCACAAACCUCUCUCAGCAUGGGGGUGACAUGAACGAAGACACCUUGGAGACGGAAAACGCAGCUGCUGCGGCUGCUGCCGCCUUUACAGCCUCGACGCAUCUGAAGGAAGCUGUCUUAGAAGUGAAGAUGGCUGAAGAUGAAGACAGUUUGGAGGCAGAGAUUGUUUACCCUAUAACCUGCGGAGACAGCAAAGCCAACCUGAUAUGGCGAAAGUUUGUGUGCCCUGGGAUCAAUGUGAAGUGUGUGCAGUUUAAUGAUCACCUAAUUAGUCCCAAAGAGUUUGUCCACUUGGCGGGCAAGUCAACCCUAAAGGAUUGGAAGCGGGCGAUCCGGAUGAAUGGGAUCAUGCUCCGGAAGAUCAUGGACUCUGGAGAGCUGGAUUUCUACCAGCAUGCUAAAGUCUGUUCGAACACAUGCCGAAGCACUAAAAUUGACCUGACUGGAGCCAGGGUGUCUUUGACCAGCCAGACAUCAACAGAGUAUAUUCCUCUCACUCCUGCUUCUGCAGAUGUGAAUGGAUCCCCAGCUACAAUCACCAUAGAAACCUGUGAGGAUGCCAGCGAUUGGACCACUAGCAUUGGAGAUGAUGCUUUUGCUUUUUGGCAAGGGUUGAAAGAAGCAGGGGUUCUGGAAGAAGUAAUCCAUGAAUUCCACCAGGAGCUAAUGGAGACCAUAAAAGGCUUACAGGAGCGAGCACAAGAUCCCCCACUGCAGCUCAGCGAUGCCGUUUUACUCAACAACAUAGUCCAGAAUUUCGGCAUGCUAGAUUUGGUCAAGAAGGUCCUGGCUAGCCACAAAUGUCAGAUGGAUCGCUCGAGAGAACAGUAUACGCGGGAUUUGGCAGCUUUGGAGCAGCAGUGUGAUGAGCACCGCAAGCGGGCAAAGGAGCUGAAGCACAAAUCACAGCAUCUCAAUAACGUACUGAUGACUCUAACUCCGGUCUCUGUCCCGACACCUUUAAAACGUCCCAGACUUACCAGGGCCACGUCUGGGCCAGCUGCCAUAACCUCCCAAGUCCUGUCCCAGCCGGCACAGAUCGCGGUGGCUCCAGGAAUGCCCGUCUCUCAACUUGCCAAUCUGCCCCUCAGCAAAGUGGUAUCCGCGCUUCCAACGUCCGUGCUUGCGAAAAGCCCGUCGCAGCCCCCGGCGGUGAGCUCGCCUGCGUCGCCGCUCCUGGGAGGGUACACCGUGCUGGCCUCCGCGGGCUCCAGCUUCCCCGGAGCCGUGGAGAUCCACCCGGACGCUUCCAACCUGACGGUGCUCAGCACGGCCGCCGUUCAGGACGGCAGCACUGUCGUGAAGGUCGUGAGCCCUUUCCAGCUGCUCACCCUCCCGGGACUCGGCACCGCCAUCCAGAACGUGACGCAAGUGGCUCCCGGUGGGAGCACGAUCGUGACCGUGCCGUCGGGCGCCGCGGCGGCGGACGAACGCGCCACCACCAUCGAGGUGACCGCAGUGGCCGACGAGGCGGAGCAGAAGUGACGAGGGGACUUGCCUGGAGGGACGUUUUCUGUGACACUCUGGGUUGGAACUGCCUUUUCUCCGUCUGCGCUGAGGGAAGAGGGAGCAGUGUAAAGAGGGCACAGGUUAAUGAGACUCAGAAUGGCUGAAAUUGGUAAUAAGGAGAUUCGAGUCAGAAGAGAGAAAGAGAGGGAGGAAAGACGCCAGAAGAAGGGAAAGGCAAAAUGCUCUGCCCUGUUUGGAGAGGAAAAAAAGGCUUGUCGUAAAGCUUUCCUCCCAUGCUCUCUGGGAAUACUUAUUCUGUUUCUAGCUUGUUAGCCCUGCCUUAUCUCUAGACUUCUUAGCUGGGACAGUGUGUUAGAGAAGCAGACGGGAGCAGGGUCGCAGGGCAAGGAAGCAAAGGCAGUAGCAAAAGAUUAAGAAAAUACUAGACAAACCGCAGAGCAGGCGCAGCUCCGCGGUGGCCGCAGGGUCUGGCGCGAGCUGACGGCGCGCGGAGGACAAGUCGGGGGCUGCCCUCCCUGUCCUGGGAGAGGGCUGCACGGGUGGACGGGCUGGCGGAAGGGGUGGGCGCACGGGUCGUCCGUGGGACACGAGUGGGCGUGGAGUUACGGCGGGGAAGACCCUCCGUGCGGCAGCUGCGGGUCCUGUUACGUUGGAUCUGGAGGGCUUAGACACCUCGUCCGUGCUCAGUAGAUGAGGUUUCCUCCUGAGGAUCACCAUGUGCUUCCCAGGUCUGAUCAGUGAAGGAGAUGGGGGAGAACUGUUACAGGUUUUGGUUCCGUGAAGAGAAUAGACAAAUGCAAAGAGCCAGAAAAAGCUGUAACUUCUGAGGAUUUAGGGUCUCUUUCUAUUUUUCUCCAAGAACCCGUUCUUUGGGAUUUUAAGCAAAUUGUGUAGCCCUUCUGGUUGUGAAGAUACUGCUAUAAGGCAGAAACGUACUGUUGAAUGUGCAGAAAGACUAAUUAAACAAAGCACUCUGAGAAGUUUGCGCUUCUUAACGAGGUUUAACUCUAAAGCCUGCCUGUCCCGGCAGCAGGCUGGCCCUCGGUCGCGCGCGGCUUGCUGAGUGCCUCUUCCUCGCGUAGCUGGGCGCUGCCAUUCUCUCCCCGCGUGGCUGCAAAGAUGUUCUGUGGGCCGCAAGGUCUGAAACACCGACACAGAAUAUUCAGCUCAAAUAUUCUUUUGAUGAUUCAGCUUGCUGCGAGUCUCAACUGUUCCUGUUUUAAGGCACAUGUACGCCGUAUGUGUGUGAAGCGAUGUUUACACUGUCUCCAGCUAAAAGGAGUUGGGUGCUUGAAGUGUGGGUUUUCUAUAACUUGAUCUGGCAGCAGCUGCAAUGACAGGUCACUUUAAUGAGCUAAUAAAUAUUUUUUUUUGAAAGAG